CGUGUAUGUUUUAACCUUUAUAUGAAAUAAUAACUGACGGAAGACAACAUCUGCACCGAUGUUUGUUUUCUGGAUCUAUAUUUUAUCUGUGGUGCGGACUCUGGACUGACUCGGCGCAUGCGCACUGUGCACGCUGCGUGUCCCGCAGCUGAGAUGAACGCUCAGACUGGUGGAGUCAACAUGUCCACCGCUGCUGCUCAGCGAAACAACAACGAGGAGCCCGGGCUCCACGGCUCUUGGGUGGAGCUGGAGCUUAAUGGGAACACGGGGACCCAGGCCGCGCAGGCCAACCUGCACACGACACCCAUUGCUGACCAAAUAAAUGCAAACGCAGACACGAGCCAAACCCUUCAGACCUUGGACGUGGUGCCUGAGAAUGAUGAAAACCUCAUCGGAGGAUUAGAGCAUGUGCCGUCAUCCUCCUCCAUCCACAAUGGAGACAUGGAAAAGAUCCUCCUGGAUGCACAGCACGAGUCGAGCCCAAGCAACUCUGCCUGUGAUAGUCCUCACAGGCCUCAGAGUCCAGAUCAGGAUGAGGGUCAGAUAAUGUUUGAUGUGGAGAUGUCCAGCUCAAGAAGUAGUCAGUCAGAGGAAGAUGGUUCAGAGAAGGACAGAGAGGAAGACAUCCUAAUGAAUAAAGAAGUCGACUGGGUCGCUGAUUGGUCCAGCCGACCAGAAAACAUUCCACCAAAGGAGUUCCACUUCAGACAUCCCAGACGUUCUGUAUCACUCAGUAUGAGAAAGAGCGGUGUCAUGAAGAAAGGUGGCAUCUUCUCAGCUGAAAUCCUCAAAGUCUUCAUCCCUUCUAUACUCAUCUCACACAUCCUCGCUCUCGGCCUCGGGGUUUACAUCGGGAAGAGAAUUGCCACAGCCUCCACCAGCUCGUACUAAUGAGAGGAUGAAGCAGUGCCUGUAUGUUCUCCUGUCUCCAACCAUCGUCCUGUGGUCAAGAUGUCUCCCUGCACCUAUUGUACACCCACACUUCCCCCAUUAGUCUGCAUUCUGUUCCAUUGUAGUUGUGAUAGAAGUAUACACACGACGUUAUGUGGUUGCACUCCAACAUGUUUUGGCACAGAGCAACGUUGUACCCUAGCAGUCGUCACCAACUUGAAUCCCGUAGAUAACUGAUGCUGUUAGAGCUGGAAUAUAUUAGUCAUCUUUUUCAACUCAAAAAGAGUACGAGUCAAGGAUUUGAUGUCGGACAGCUUCAGGGUUUUGUAUUUUUAUUUCUGAAAUUUCCCCAAUUGUUUUGAUGUGAUGUCACAAAUAAUCUGGCCUUGUCCUGAGCUGCACAUCUCCUCUGGUGUCUCAGUGGGCAGAGUGAAUGAACCAAAAGCAUGCGCCAUAUCCAAAUUGGCUCAGAAGGGGUCUUUUAUUGUAGCCUUAACUUUUAAUUAUUUUUAACUUAACAUUCAAGGUGCAGUUAACUGGGGGUGGGCAACAAAUUAUGCUUCACAGGUGGGAUUUGUUUUUCAAUUCCACAAAUUUUUGAGCAUGGAAUUUGAAUCACUUUGACUCCUGGGCAUUUCUUUUAAUGUUUUUUAAG